CUACUAUAUAUGUAACCCUAGCUACUUGGCAUCAAACGAAUCUAUUUGUUAGAUCCGCGCUCACUCAAUUUGACUAAACAUAAUGAAUUAAUUAAUGAUUAAGGUGGUUGCUCAUAACAGGGCGGUGGGCAGGGAGUUGUUUAAUCAUAUAUGGAACUUGAACAUUUUCUUAUUUAGGGUUCUUCAGAAUCUUGGCUUGCUUAUUGGCCCAUUCGAUGUACUACUUAUUCAUAGAAAAACGGGGUGAUAUAAUUAUCACACUAAUUAUAAGCUGAGUAGCUGACCGUAAUUGACUAAAUUUGGCAAUAAUUAAUAACAAGAAAACAGGGCGACAAAUAUGGAAAUAGUAUAUUUUACUAGUUAAGUACACAUAAGGUAAGAGCAGGUAGCCCAUUUUCGUGGAAUUUCCUGCAAUGCACCUAAAAAUUCGAGAUAUUCCAUUGAUAAACAAGUUUUAAUUAUGGAAUCAAAUCCAUUCAUUCGAUCUCCUGUUGGGAUCGAGAACCCCAUAUGUAAAGCAUGCGUACGUAUGUAUAUUAAUUGUUUUCCCAUACUGCAUGUGAUUUUUUUUUCAUUUUCAUUAUUAGUUGUCGAGGUGCAGGAGGAAGGCAGGAGGUGGGGCGCCGUUGAUAAUAUUAAAGUAAGAAAGGGAUAAACGUGAUGAUUUUGUCAUAUUCUAUAAGAAAUCAAUUAACUAAGCAGGUCAUUCCCAGAAACUGCUAGCGACCUCGUUGGCUAUAUAAGUAACAGAUUCACGAGCUUUGAUUCACAACAUCCCACAAUCAAGCUUACAAACAAACCAAUUCCCAUUAUACUAAAUAACCUUUGCUUCAGAAAUCCAUCAGAUCGAAAAUGUCGACUACUACUGUUGUCGGAAACCAAAAUGCUGCCGGCGGCAUCGAUCGGGACUCAGCAAGCUUCCCUCUCACACAGUGGGGGGAUCGCUUUCUCGACCAAGUCGACCAGCAGAUCAGAUCCCCACUGCUGGUUGAGACAGAGUACGAUGUUCUCAAGGAAGAGGUGCGGAAGAUGGUCACAGCCGCCGUGGAUGACAAUCAGCUGCCGGCCAUUGUCGAGAAGCUUCGGGUGAUAGAUGCAGUCCAACGACUAGGUGUUGGGUAUCUCUUCGAAAAGGAGAUCGAGGAAGCACUGGAAAAAGUGCAUGCUCUUGGUGACGAACCAUUCACCAUCCAAGACAACACCACUGCACAUCUUUACAAUGCUGCUCUUCGGUUUCGACUACUCAGGCAACAAGGCCUUCCAGUGUCUUCAGAUGGAUUUAGAAAGUUGAAGGACAGUGAAGGAAGGUUCAAGGAAUGGUUGGCUUCAGAUGAGCAAGGGCUCUUGAGCUUGUAUGAGGCAGCACAUGUGGCUGUCCAUGGAGAAGGCAUAUUGGAUGAAGCUCUGAGCUUUGCAACCAAAACCCUCAAGUCCAUUCUUCCCCAACUCGACACUUCAUUCCAAAAACAAGUCAAAUUUGCUCUUGGCCUUCCGUCUUGGAAAUGUGUUCCUAGGUCUCUUACAAGGAACUACAUCGAUUUCUACUCCGAGGAUGCCUCCCAUAAUCAUAAGCUCUUUCGAUUUGCAAAGUUGGACUUCAACUUACUCCAAAAGUUACAUCGCCAAGAGCUCCAUGAUAUUUCUGAGUGGUGGAAAAAUCUGAAUGUCACUACCAACUUCCCACAUGCCAGAGAUAGAGUUGUGGAAUGCUAUUACUGGAUCUAUGCUGUGUAUUUUGAGCCCAAGUAUCAACUAGCCAGAGUUAUGUGCACCAAGAUCAUAUCAAUGCUUUCACUUUUAGAUGAUACUUGCGAUAACUUUGCUACAGUCGAAGAGGUCAAGAUGCUCACAGAAGCUAUUGAAAGUUUCCAUGUACAAGCUCUUGAGACACUACCGGAGACGAUGAAGAAUUUGUUUCGCAUCAUCCUUGAUUUAUAUGAUGAAAUUGAGAUAGAACUUGAAAAAACAGGACCCACUUUUGCGGUCGACUAUGCUAAGGAAGAGCUCAAGAAAAUAUGCCGAGCCCACUUGGCUGAGGUUCAGUGGCGUACCAAAGACCAUGUUCCAACACUAGAAGAGUAUAAGAUCGAUGCAUAUGUCACUAGUGGUUUUCCCAUUCUUUGCACAUCUGCUUUUGUUGGGAUGGGAGCAGAUAUAGCCACUAUACAGGCAUUCGAAUGGGUGACCAACGAACCAAAGAUGGUUAGAGCUGCAUCAGUCAUUUCUAGGAUCCAAAAUGACAUUGUGUCUCACAAGUGGGAGCGAGAGAGAAGUCAUGCGGCUUCAGCAAUAGAAUGCUACAUGAAGGAGCACGGGGCAUCGGAAGAGGAAGCAGUUGAAUUUUGUUGGGAGGAGAUUUCUAGAGCUUGGAAAGACAUAGCAGAAGAGUGUCAGAAACCAACCCCAUUGCCAGUAGCCUUGACAGAUCGUGUUCUGAACUUCGCACGCUCCAUUAGUGUGAUUUACGAGAAUGGUGAUGGCUAUACUCAUUCUCACCUUUUGAAGGCACACAUCACUUCAUUGUUCGCUGACCCUGUGCCUCUUUGAAGAAACAUCGUGCAAAAAAUAAUACCAAUCUACAAGAAUGUAAUAUGUUUUGCAUUACAUUGUGCUUUCUUGAUUUCGUGGUCCAUGAUCUCUUUUUGUUUCUUAUUUGAUUGCUAGAAUGAAUCUGUAUGGUUUUGAUUAGUUACUUUUCCUUGGCAUUUGGAAGAUUGAGUUCCUAACGGAUCACUUUUAUGUGGGUGGAGAUUGAUGUUUUAAGAACCCAAAUUGUAUUGUUUUUUUAAUUGAAAGGGUGGAGAAUGGAAUCAUCAACCUUCCUACUGUUUGAUUUAUCAAUAUGCCAAAAACUUCCGACGAACUGCAGAAUUUUUGCCACAAUUAAGUACAUAAAUUCUUGAUAAGGUGGGUCUGAAAUUUAAAAAUAUAUCUAAUAAGAAAAUUUAAUUAUCAAU